AUGGAGAAAAUCCUCUCUCUUACGUCCCCCAAGUUUUGCAUGGUUCACUGGCGGCCGCCGAGAUUGUGCGAACCUAUCGGUCAAAACAAAGAUCGCUAUCAUUGCAUGCUCCAAAAUCUCAAGAAAAUUGUUGAAACUUGUGUCAACGAACAUAUUGAGUGUUCGCAAAUUAGAAGUGGACAGAAUCCAUCCAUCGUACCGACCCGGCUGAUUGAAGUUGGUGCAACCAAUCCACCGCAACCGGCACGCCUCAUCAAGCCAAAAAACGCCUCUGACUUGGACGCACCGCCGCGUUCUGGAAAGCUUUCCGGCUAUGUAACUCUGAGCUAUUGCUGGGGUCCGAUUCAAGAUACCGACCACCGAAUGUUCGAAGACACCGAAGAUGCGAUGAUGCAAAGCUUGACGAACCUUCCGAAGACGAUCGAGGAAGCAAUUUCCAUCUGCCAAAGGAUGGGCGUACAAUAUCUAUGGGUCGAUGCACUCUGUAUCAUGCAAAAUCGCGACGGUCAUUCCGAAGAAUGGGAGUCCGAAGCGUAUAAAGUUGGGAAUUACUACAGCAAUUCCAUCUUCACUAUUGCCGCUGGCCGGGCCGCUACUAGCCACGAAGGAUGUCUUCCCCUCAAAUCCACAAGAUCGGAUACAGAGUUUGCUGUCGUAGGCCAUGACUGGACUGUCUCUCGCUCUUACCCGCAAAUUAGUAGGAAGAGCCCGCUCUGGAAACGGGCUUGGGUACUCCAAGAAGCUUCUCUAUCAACUCGCAUACUCUGGUUCACGGACAGAACAGUAUUAUUUCUGUGCAAAACUGACUCCCGGGAUUGUCGUGACCGCCCUGCCAGCCAUGCCUCAAGGGCCUACAGGCCCAGUGACGGCGGCUAUCGAUAUCCAUUUGAACCUCUUCCCAAGGAGCCGGAUAUCAACAUAGAUUGGAAUGACAUGGUCGAGCAGUAUUCUAGAAUGCGACUUACCAGGGAAGAGGACCGGAUCAUAGCAUUGGCAGGCAUCACACGCUAUUUUAAUCCCAAAGGAGAGCACAUAUACUUGAGUGGGGUCUGGAUUAAUUCACUCCCCGAAGGACUUUUAUGGCGCUCUGUCAAAACUGGCUACAUCUUCAGUGAUAUAAGCUUGUCUGAAGUACCUGGAUACUGGUAUGAUGCACUGCGAGGCCGAGCAACUCGUCGCGACAACAAACCUGAAUUCGAUGGUCGGGACGACCGUGGUGUCAUCAUCGAAUGGAGCUUCUGCGCCGAGAAAGAAAAAUGCGUACGCAGAAGUCAUAUUCACCGGAUACCUGGCAUGCCAUCUUGGAGCUGGGCUUCACUUAAUACACAGGUGCGAUACGAUUUGACCAGGGACCUAAAAGAGCAACUUGAUCUUGGAUGUAAAAGCAGAGAUUGCCGAGUUAGGCAUUUGAAGUUCUUGCAAUCCUCUCUUGACGAUCCUGCAGAACCGGAUGCGAACGGUCGAACCAAAGAUCCUUAUUUACGAGUUAGUGCAGCCUUCGGCACACUUACAUUCAACCCGCGUUCAAAUACCAAGCAAGACUGGCGCGUUGGAGGACUUGACGCCAAGAUAUUUCUUGACCUUUGCAGUCAUUUCUCGAUGCAGAGACCGGAUGGAUCUAUCACCGCAGAUUGCAUUCUUGCUGUUCAUGUCUGCGAAACAAAAAAACCCGUACUAAGUCAUGCCAUGUAUGUCAUACUCUUGGAAACGGACCUGGAGAGAUCCGGACACUGUUACAGACGCAUUGGUGUGGCAACAAUUAUGAUGCCAGUUAAGUCUUUUGUGGUUGGGUCUUUCCUCCGCGAAGCCUCUCGAACAGAAUUCCGAGAACUCCUGGUGUCGCACUUUGAAGAUGAUAGCCUUAGAACGAUCGAUCUGGUUUGA